AUGCCAGUGCGGGAUAGCAAUCAACCCGACAACCGUCAGGGUUCGGCGGGCUCUGGUCAUAGUUGGAUAUCGCAAGAUACAGUGCGAAACUCCGCUGGUCAAUUGCAAGAUCACCCCAAGGCCUCGUCGGGAGGUAGCAAUGCCGAUUCGUUUCCUGGCUCAUUAAGCAUGAACUCAAAGCCGGAUGCAUCUAAACCCCCAAGGAUCGAUUGGGGAAGUUCCGUGUGGUCAUGGGAUUCCCCCGACGUCUCUCCUACCGAACAGCGCAAAGCCUCUGGCUUUAGCAACCACCGCGAGGCCUUGAUUGUUCCAAAUAACCGCGAUAGCCUAUCCCAGUCCUCCGCACCGAGCCCCCGACCUCCUCCUCUCAACCCGUCUCGCCUGGAUCCCGACGAGCUCGACUCGAUUGCUCCAUGGUCCACAGCGCCAAAUAGUGGACAGCUAGAUGGCGGCAGUACAUUUUAUCAUGAUUACUCUGAACAAGAAGCUUCACCUGCCUCAUUUACAUUUCGCCCCACGACUGGACGAACAAUAGCGAGCGAACCCGCCGAGUUUGAAUACCACGGAGAACAUCGACGGCCGUCUGCCGCAAGCGCAACCACAGUGAGCAGUCAGGGCUCAAGAUCCAGCAUCAGCCAGAAGUUCCGCAAGAAGCAUCUAAAGGGCCUCCUUGGAGAUGACUAUCAAUCACCGGGAGAACUCCAAACCGAUGAUGAUGGCUCCCACCCGCCCAGCAGGCGUGGGGGACCAGUGGACCAACUGAAGGCGCGUGAAAGGGCGAACUCAGAUGGCUCGCGCAAUACACCCGACGGCUCUGGGUCAUCGCAGCGAUCACAGAAGCCACGAGCAAACACUCCUUUGCCCUCCAGUGAGAUCACCCCAUGGGACUACCAAAGUUUCAAGGAUAUUCCACAGUAUGGGGAGGCACCAGUUCGCCAUACUCCUAUUGGUCCCGAUGGGCAACGGCUUCCACCUCAAGAUAGUAAUACUUCAGGGCAAAAGGAGCCCGGUCGGCGGGGACAUGGGAGACAUCGUCCUUCGCGGAGCAAAGAAGAGAAGCCGACUCUUGCUGGCGAUCUAGCAGGAUAUCAAAAUCGCCCCGCCACUGGCAGAGAUGAUAUCGGAAUACGACCCUUCAACGAGAACUACCUUCAUUCAACCACGGACGUAGGCGAAUCUGGUUGGCCUGGAGGCCGGUCCACUAGCCCGACUCCCAGUACCCGCAGCGCAUACCGUGAUCACGAUCAAAGCUCACAACACCCCCGAAUCGGCGGUUUCAUUAAAAAGAUUCUGGGUCGUGAUGGCUCCAAAUCGCAUGACAGAUCAAGAAACUCUUCCCCGCCACGACGUGAUCGGCAAGGAAGUCUCGAAGGAAGCAUUUCCUCUAGGCAUCCUGAAUCCGCAGAUUCGGACCGAAGGAAAGAUCUGGGGAAGGGACUCAUUGGGGGAAGAAAGCUUGGUCCUCGUCGUCCAUUCGCCAACCAAGGUGGUGGUGACCUGUACAAUCCCAACAAAGACGACAAAAUCCAAAAUGAGAACAAACAUUUCUUCCACCUUGACGUCGAUAUGGAUGACCUGAACGGCAUCGUUCGUCCUACUUCCCCGGGCCACAUGAAGCGUGCCAGGGAUGGGACUGUAACACCGGGGGACGAUUCCAAAUUCGAAAAGCCAUGGAACGCUCCUGAUAGUUGGCAGGUUCGUGGGCCUACUGACACAAAAUUGGAGGAAGAAGCGGUACCCGUUGGACCGCGUGAGCGUGAAGCCUCCUUCUUUAUCCGAAUUUUCCGAAUCGACUCGACAUUUGCUACACUAUCGGCUGGUGUAAACGCGACUGUGUCAGAAAUUCUGCUGAUGCUUGGUCGGAAGUCCUUCCUCCAAGACCAUCUCAACAACUACGAAAUUGUUCUCCGGAAGAACGACCUUUCACGACAACUUGAUCAUAAUGAACGGCCCAUUCAAAUGCAGAAAAAGCUCUUAGAACAAGUUGGCUAUACGUCAAGCGACCGGAUAGAAGAUAUUGGCCGAGAAGAUCAUAGUUAUCUUUGCCGUUUCAUUUUUUUACCCACCAAGCUCAGCGGUUACAGCAGUCUCGAGACAGACCCAGGCUUCAACAAGGUGCAAAAGUUCAGCCACGUGGAUCUACAAGGUCGCAGCCUUGUCACGAUUCCGAUCACGUUGUAUGCCAAGUCAUCGGAGAUCAUCUCUCUCAAUCUGUCAAGGAACUUGUCAUUGGACGUCCCCAAGGACUUUAUUCAAAGCUGCAUCAAUCUGCGUGAAAUCAAGUUCAUCGGGAAUGAAGCCUCGUUCCUUCCCCAAAGCUUUGGUCUAGCUGGCCGGCUUACAUACCUGGAUAUUUCAAACAACUGCUUAGAAGACUUGGAUCAUGCACGACUGGAUCGGUUGACUGGUCUUGUUAGCAUCAAGAUGGCCAACAAUCAGUUGACCAAGUUACCAAGCUACUUUGGGAACUUUUCCUCUCUGCGAAGUUUGAACAUGUCAUCAAACGGAUUCAAGGUUUUCCCUGAAUUCAUCUGCAACUUGAAGAGCUUGGUUGAUCUUGAUAUCAGCUUCAACGGUAUUGAGGAACUUCCUGGCAUCGGCCGCAUGGUCACUCUUGAGCGCCUUUGGAUGACGAACAACAACCUCAGUGGGCCUCUCGACGAGUCCUUCCGGAAUUUGGUGAAUCUCAAGGAAUUCGAUGCGCGGUUCAAUGCCAUCACCAAUAUUGAUGCUCUCGCUAGUCUGCCUCGACUAGAGCAGAUCUUCUUCGGACACAAUCUCCUAUCGCGCUUCAAAGGCUCCUUCCCGAGGUUGCGAAGUCUGCAUCUGGACCACUGUCCUCUAACGCAGUUUGACGUCGAUGCUCCUAUUCCGACCCUGACUUCUCUUAAUCUUGCUUCUGGCAAGCUUUCUCAAUUCCGGGAUACCAUCUUCGAGAACUGUCCAAAUAUGACAAAACUUGUUCUCGACAAAAAUCACCUCUCCUCCGUCUCGCCCCAGAUUGGCAAGCUACGUCGAUUGGAGCACUUCAGUAUGAUCAAAAAUCCGCUUUCUUCCUUGCCUCCGACGAUCGGCUGUCUUGUAGAGCUCAAGCAUUUGAAUCUGAGGGAGUGUAACCUGACAUCACUGCCUUCUGAAAUUUGGCAUUGCGCCAAGCUGGAAACCCUCAACAUCUCCUCCAACAUCUUGUCGACCUUCCCGAAGUAUGGUGCCCCGACUCCUCUGGUUCCUGGUGAGCCUACCCACACACCUGCAACAACCCCAGGCGUGUCGGGAAAUCCAAGCUACGAAGAUAUCGGACCACUUGACGAGCCAGCUCUUCGUCGGCCAAGCCAAACAUCAAAUGGUGUCAUGAAUUCUGUGUCGCCAAAUGGGUCUUACCGGAACCCCUCAAACGCUCAAUCCGUUUCGCAGCAAGGUGGUAGAAAGGUAUCAGCUACUUCCCGAUCAAUCAUUGAACCACACAUCGGGCCUCGGAAGGACUCGAACUUCUCUCAGCAGAUGGCAAUGAGCUUUGCGGCAUCUCUUCGGACUCUCUCUCUUGCUGACAACAGACUCGAGGAUGACGUCUUCCGAGAAUUGUCUCUGCUUCCAGAGUUGCGCAUUGUCAACCUUUCAUACAAUGACCUGACGGAACUACCACAGGGAAUCCUCAAGAGAUGGCCAUUGAUUUCUGAACUGUACCUGUCUGGCAACGAGCUGACUUCCCUGCCGUCUGACGAUCUGGAGGAGGGGAGUAACCUCAAAGUUCUUCACAUCAAUGCAAACAGAUUCCAAGUGCUACCCGCAGAGCUUUGCAAAGUCAGCAAGCUUUCCAUUCUGGAUGUUGGAAGUAAUGCGUUGAAGUACAACGUCUCCAACUGGCCUUAUGAUUGGAACUGGAACUGGAAUCGCAAUUUGAAGUACUUGAAUUUCUCCGGCAACAAGCGACUUGAGAUUAAGCCCAAUAUUGCCUCUCUAGGUCCUCCGGCUGCCAAUGGUGCGGAUUUGACUGACUUCAACUCUCUAACCCAUCUCCGUGUUUUGGGACUGAUGGAUGUUACCCUCACAAUUCCUACUAUUCCAGAGGAAACCGAAGAUCGUCGUGUGAGAACCUCCGCUUCGCUGGCCGGUACGCUUGCAUACGGUAUGGCUGAUUCUCUUGGAAAAACUGAACAUCUAUCAAUUAUCGACAUGAUUGUUCCACGGUUGAAACAAGAUAAUGUGGAGACUUUGGUUGGCAUGUUUGACGGACAAACUCUCUCUAGCGGAGGUUCUCGAGUUGCGAAGUAUUUACACGAGAACUUCACAUCCAGCUUUGCCUUUGAGCUCAAGAAGCUGCAGCGCGACCAGGGUGAAACGCCGCUGGAUGCACUCAGACGUGCGUUCCUGGCGUUGAACAAGAACAUGGCUGGCUCUGCUUACAGGUCUAUCGAUGAUCGCGAGGUCCGACAGUACCAGAGAGGCUCGACCGCUGCCAAGCUGCUUAACCAAGACGACAUCCAAUCCGGCGGUGUUGCCACUGUCUUGUAUUUGAACAACAUGGACUUGUACGCCGCCAAUGUUGGUGAUGCUCAGGCCAUUCUGAUCAGGUCAGAUGGCUCACUGCGUGCUCUGACACAGAAUCAUGAUCCCGCAGAGCCUAAUGAGCGAGCGCGCAUUCGAGCUGCUGGGGGUUUCGUGUCACGCAAUGGCAAGCUGAACGAUGUUCUCCCAGUAUCGAGGUGCUUUGGGCAUUUCCCUAUGAUGCCUGCCGUUAUUGCGGCCCCUAGCACCAUGCAUGCUGCUCUCACGGAGCAAGAUGAAAUGAUCGUUCUGGCGUCGAAGGAACUCUGGGACUAUGUUACCCCAGAGGUGGUGGUCGAUGUCACGAGGAGAGAACAACCAGACCUAAUGUUUGCAGCUCAAAAGUUGCGUGAUUUGGCUAUUUCGUUCGGCGCCACCAAUAAGCUGAUGGUGAUGAUCCUCGGCGUUGGUGAACUUCAGAAGCGCCGCCCGAAGCCACGUCCUUCUCUCAAUACUGCAUCGUCUACGUUUGCCGAGGAACAGAUCAUUCCGACUGCCAAGCGGCCCAAGAAGCGCGAUGGUCCUGGAGACUCGCGGCUGGCCCGCUUUGACUUUGUGGAUGCUCCCGUUGGUGAGCUCGCUAUUAUGUUCACUGAUAUCAAGAAGUCCACGGGUCUAUGGGAGAUCUGCCCGGAUGCAAUGCGCUCGGCUAUUCAAAUUCAUAACGACAUCCUGCGUCGGCAACUUGGAAUUUUCGGUGGAUACGAGGUCAAGACUGAAGGUGAUGCCUUCAUGGUGGCAUUCUCGACCACCACAGCUGCUUUGCUUUGGUGCUUCAAUUGCCAAAACCAGCUUCUCGAAGCCGAAUGGCCUACGGAGAUUCUUGACCAGCCCCAGUGCCGAGUUGUGGUUGACAUGGAUAACAAUGUUAUCUUCCGAGGACUUUCAGUUCGCAUGGGUGGUCAUUGGGGCGAGCCUGUGUGCGAGAAAGAUCCGGUUACCAACCGAAUGGACUACUUCGGUCCCAUGGUGAAUCGCGCCUCGCGAAUCUCUGCUGUUGCCGAUGGAGGACAGAUAUUUGUCUCAUCAGAUUUCAUGACCGACAUUCACCGUAACCUUGAGAUCUUCGCUGAUGCCGAGCGUUCUGCAUCCACCAGCUCGACUGAUAGCCACCCUCGCGGCGACAGCCUAGGUCAUAGCAUCCGUCGUGAGCUACAACAGCUCAAUAGCCAAGGUUUCGUCAUUAAGGAUCAAGGGGAACGGAAGCUGAAGGGUUUGGAGAAUCCAGAACCUCUUUAUCUUGUCUACCCCUCAGCGCUGUCUGGUCGCAUGAUUUCUUCGGAGGAUUCUCAGGACCAGGAUAGUACCGCUGCGACUAUGAACCCGAAUAAUCAAUUGGAUAUCCAGACGAACGUCAUCUGGCGUCUUUGGGAGGUCACCCUCCGCCUUGAACGACUCUGUGGUGCUUUGGAAAACCCAAGCGAACCCAGUCUCAGCGAACCCAAUGUUGAUUUGUUCAACAUGGUCAAACGGCAUGGAGGUGAACUGAAUGAUUCAACCGUCCUUAGUUUAGUCGAUCAGCAAGUCACUCGCAUCGAGGUGACCAUCAACACUCUUGACCUGCGCCACAUGAUGCGACCUUUCAAACCAGGCGACCGUCUCCAGGACCACGCCGCUCCCAUCAGCGAUGUCCUACAGCAACUCCGAACUCAACUGGCCGAGUUCCAAGCUCUCAAGGAGCAACUGGCCGUUGGUUCUGCUGGCAACAUCGCCGGCCCACAACAAUACGCCGAUCGUCCUUCGAACAGCAUCGACAGCGGCAUUACCUCUGCCUCUUCGUCUUUCCUCCACCUCCCUGGCGAUGCUAAUCGCUCCUUCGACUCCGGCCGCAGUCACUAG